AUGAUACUUGUUUUCGAGGGGGGCGUGUUCGUUUGGCCAGGUGUAGAAGUUGGUUUCCGGCGCAAUGUGACCAUCGAGCCAAGAGCUUGGCCCUUCGUGAUGGCCCAAGAAGUCAGAGCCGCUCAGUCUGGAGAUAGAGACACGCAGCUUGGCAAAGACAAAAGCCACGUCGUUGCCAAAGGAAGCUUGCAACCUCUGGUGCUCGAAAUAUCAUCGUUCCUGAACGAUGCCGACUGCCAGCAUGUUAUUGACAAGGCGCUGCCGCAUGUCGAAAGGUCUUCGGUGAAGCACAUGGAUCACGAUGUCGGCAAGCCGGAUGCUAACUGGCGAACCAGCAGCACCUACUUCAUGCAAUCAGAUGACGACACGCUGCACCGCCUGGACGAUCGCGUGAGUGCUCUGACGCUGAUAAAGAAAUCGCAUCAGGAGUACUCCCAGAUCUUGCGCUAUGAGAGUCUGGGCAGCACUUGCGCGCACCAUGACUACUUCGACCCUGCCAUGUACAAGAACAACAGAAACAUACAGGACAUGAUCAAGAAGGGUCUAUACAACAGAUUAGCGACGGUGUUUUUCUACCUGUCCGAUGUGGAGGAAGGCGGGCAGACAAAUUUUCCACGCGCUGGGGGGCGGCGACAGCCGCGUGACUUCGCGGACUGCUCUAAAGGAGUAUCCGUUUUUCCCAGGCGUGGGCGCAUCAUAAUCUUCUACUCAAUGCACCCAUCCGGUGAGAUGGACGAGGCGUGUCGACAUUCGGUUGGAGGACCCGGCAGCCUGAACUUUGCUCAGAUACGACAUGUUUAUGCUGCUUGCGCAGCAGCAGAAGCGCCUACGAGAAGUUGCAGCAGCGCAACAGAACUGCGGCAGGCCGCCACUUGUCACAACACCGUAUGUGAAGCAACUCGGAAGCUCUGCUCGGCCAGAAGAGCAGUAGGCAGUGAAACUGGAUCCAGCAAGGUGGGAAACGUGCAAGAUGGUGCAAGGUUCGAGGAGCAAGGCUGGUAA